AUGCCCGGACAGAAAAUCAACCCUGCGAACCGCUCCCUUCUGGGGCUUUUCAAGGAGGUUUUUAAUUGGUAUCCGUCAGCGUAUCCUGCAGAAGAACGGAAGCUGCUGUUCAAGUUGGACAUCUCGAUUCUUGUCUUUGCGUGCCUUUGCUUUUUUGUGAAAUAUCUAGAUCAGACGAAUAUUAGCAAUGCCUACACGAGUGGGCUGAAAGAGGAUUUCCAGCUGAAUGGCGAUCAGCUCAAUUACUUUAAUGUCUGUUACUAUACCGCAUAUGUGGUAUUCCAGGUUCCCGGGCUACUCCUCAUGUCACGACCGAGAUUGGCACGAUGGCUCCUUCCUACUCUUGAGGUCCUCUGGGGUAUCUGCACUUUUGGACAAAGUCGUGUGACCAAUGUGAAUCAGCUUUACGCGCUCCGAUUCCUGGUUGGCAUGUUCGAGGCCCCUGUUUUCGCCGGCACUCAUUUUAUCCUCGGUUCUUGGUACUCCGGGUCGGAGCUCUUUAAAAGAGCUGGUGUAUGGUUCGUGUGCAACCCACUUGGAAGCAUGGUCAGUGGCUAUCUUCAAGCAGCAGCGUAUACCAACCUCUCGGGGGUCGGCGGUAUGCCUGGUUGGAGAUGGUUAUUUAUCAUCGACGGCAUUUUCACCCUCCCAGUAGCAUUAAUUGGAUUCCUCAUAUUCCCAGGAAUACCCGACUCGCCGCGUCCGUUCUAUUUGACUGCAAAUGAUAUUGCAUUGGCGAAAGAGAGAGUCCGCCUAGCUAAAAUUCGACGGCCCACAAAACUGGGGCUUGAUGUCUUUACGCGCUCUUUGAAACGAUGGCAUAUUUGGGUUUUCAUAACAUGCUAUGCGUGA